UCGUUUGUGGUUUAAUUUAGUAUCAGAUAGAGUCAGGUUUAAGUAAUAUUUCCUCUACAACGAACAGCUUUGUCUGAAGCAGACAGUUUUAUUGGGCUGUGAACGGCACACGGCUAAAAUGUUUUCAGUAUUUAGUCUGUUGUGAUGAAGCCUUUAUGGGGGGCUACAUGUGCCAGUGUGCACAUUGUGUCGCCUGUCUGUUACCCUACAGUGCCUGAACACAUGCACAGAAGUCUCAGGAGCUGGUUGAUGUUUGUUUUACUAUAGAAAUUAAUUUAUUAGAAAUGAGAGAAUAGCAGGAUUCGGGUUAAAACAGGUGCAAAACUGAAACUAACUGGCUUUAAGUUGCAGUUGUGUUUCUGCCUCUGUACAUCUCAUCUCAGCUCGAGACUAACCAACAGAGGUGCACAAAAUAGUUUCCCAACUUUUCUCUCUCUUUUUCCUUUCCUUUUUUACCCUCCCUCGGUCUCCCCAAACAACCCCUUCGAGUUUCUUUUCCCCCGGUCCCUUUAUACCAAAAAUCCACUCUAACACAACUAAAAAUUCAUUUUGUCUGACCUAAAUCAGAGGGUGUCUGCGCCAUGGGCUUAUUACACAGUGCACUUAAACUUGUGUUGUGGAGGAGGAUGGGGUAUUAUUAUCUUCCAGCUACCCACCCUGCUAUAAAAACUAGUGGUGCGACAUCUCCACAGCGCAGUGCUGCUGCCCUCCCUCCCUUCCUCUCACUCUCUCGCUCGUCCUACAUGAGCCACACACAACAGUGAGCCUGACUCUAAACUCCACACUAGCCACGCUGCUUCACAGACAGACCCAAGAAUCACACUCUGCUCUCCUCUGUUGCGCCGCUUUUGCUUCUCUCCAUUGGAUAUUCUUCCCUGGGUGUUUUUUUUUCCCUCUUAAUUUUUGUGAAUGGGCAACCGUGGCCGGUGUGAGGAGCUUGUGAAUGGACUGACUGCCUGGCUGACUGAUUGACAGACUGGCAAAAAAAAAAAAAAAAAAAAGAGGGGCAGCUGUGUUUCAAAUAAAGAGGGCAAUGCUGAGAGGUCACGCGAGGAGCCACAGAGCCUCUUAGUAGUCUGGAAAUACAAAGACACGUGAGGGGAAUCGAGAAACUGCAGGUACGAUAACCAACAGUGACGGAGAGAGGAGAAUGGUUCAUCACAGAGAGGAGGACCUGAUUGGAAUCCCUUUCCCGAAUCACAGCAGCGAUGUCCUCUGCAGCCUCAACGAGCAGCGUCGUGACGGGCUGCUCUGCGAUGUCAUCCUCAUCGUCCGUGACCAGGAGUACCGCACCCACCGCUCCGUUCUGGCCGCCUGCAGCCAGUACUUCAAGAAACUGUUCACAGUGGCCACCACUGAUGCCAGAGAUCACCAUCCCACAGCGGCCGUGUACGAAAUCGACUUUGUGGCGCCGGAGUGUCUCACAGCCAUCCUGGAGUUUGCCUACACUUCUACUCUGACGGUGACGGCGUCCAACGUUAAAGAGAUCCUGAAUGCGGCUCAGAUGUUGGAGAUUCCCUGCAUCAUCAACGUUUGCCUGGAGAUCAUGGACAGCGGGGGUGGAGGCGGCGGAGGCGGGGGAAGGCGAGUGGUGGAGGGAGAAGAGGACGAGGAGGAAGAGGAGGAUGCGGAGGAAGACGAGGAGGAGGAAGAGGAGGAGGAGGAUGAAGAGGAGGACGCAGGGUCGAGGAAGGAUGAGCAGGAAGAAGAGGAGGACAACGUCAGCGAGAGGUCACUGCAGUCAUCGGAGAGCAGGGGGGAGCAGACGCCUUCGGGGACGGACGAUUUGCCGCCUCCGAGCACCUCCACAUUCCAUCAGCAGUUUGACCUGCGCAGGGAGUCGUCCCAGUCACAGUCUCCAGACAACAUGAGAGGAAAACAGGAGAGUAUGGAGAGUCGAGCUCUGAAGGAUUUCUCCAUCGAGUCUCUCCUCCAGGAAGGGCUGUAUCCCCGUAUGUCAACACUGGAUCGGAGGACCAACUUUUCUCCUCUCCUCCCAGGUUUCUACCCCUCCAUGUGGGCUGCUGAGUUCCCGGCCUUCACCCAGCAGCUCCUGGAUCCCAGCCACCAUCAGCAUCCCCAUGCAGGAGUCUCACCGCAAACCAGGCUCCCUCACGCCUUCUCAACCUCUGCCCCACUUGAGGCCUCCAGGCCCCUUGAUCUAGCUGUGAAAAGAGAGAUCAUAAAGGAGGAGAUGAAAGAGGAAGUCCCACCCAGUCUGCUCCACGGUGACUUCCUGAAAGAGUUUGUCAGCUCGGGUCUUGGCAGCACCAUGAACGCUGGUUCAGUGCCGUCAGAAGGUCACGCUCUGGGUCAGAUUAAGGACGAAGCUGACUUCCGGUCGUACCUGAGCUUCUUGAGCUCCGCUUCCCACCUCGGGGCGCUGUUCCCUCCCUGGCAGCUGGAGGAGGAGAGGAAGAUGAAGCCCAAAGCGUCACAGCAGUGUCCUAUCUGCAACAAGGUCAUCCAAGGAGCUGGGAAACUGCCUCGACACAUGAGGACGCAUACAGGGGAGAAACCGUACAUGUGCACUAUCUGUGAAGUACGAUUCACCAGACAAGACAAACUCAAGAUCCACAUGAGGAAGCACACGGGUGAGCGCCCGUACAUCUGCCUCCACUGCAACUCCAAGUUUGUCCACAACUAUGACCUGAAGAACCACCUGCGAAUCCACACGGGCGUCCGUCCAUACCAGUGCGAGCACUGCUACAAAAGUUUCACACGGUCUGACCACCUACAUCGACACAUCAAGAGGCAGAGCUGCCGAAUCUCCCGCCCCCGGCGAGGACGAAAGCCAGCUGCCUGGCGGUCCACACCCACCAGCAACUUCCUGUGCCCCCCCACUGCUGCCACCAACAGGUUUGAGGAGAACGGGUUAAGCCCUGCGUACCAGGGAGUCAAGAGUCACGGACUUGGGGAGAUGCUCGGCCUCAGCAAUAGAGGUCUGGGAUUUAAGAGUGUGGAUGGUGCAGGCAGGGAGAGCAGGGAGGAACGGCGAGCAGAGGGGAAGCAACGCGCAGAGGAGGAGAAGACAGGAGAAGGGAGGCAGAGGGGAGUGUUUGCCUUUGCUCUGGCUGGAGAAGAAGUGCUUACCCGCUCUCCAUUUUAUGCCGCGACCUCUGACCCCUGGACCAUGAGACUGGAGCGCGCUCCACCCAUCUCUGAGCCGGCCAAAUGAACUCCGGUCUGUAAAGGAAGACAAAAGACAAGAAAGAAUAUCUCUUUAAUCUCUGUGUCUGUUCUGCUCCAGGAAGCUAAAGCACCUUUAUAAAAAAAAGAAGUGAAAGAGUGAGAUCAGUAAACCUUUUGAAGCCUGCUGAUGUGGCAGUGGUAACAAAGACUUUUUUUAUUUUUAUUUUUUGGAAAUUUAAAUAAUUUCACAGAUGUCAUGCUAAAUAAUUGUUUCAGCCCUGUGGAUGUUUACAAAUACUUUCAUAGCAUUUAAAAAGAGCGAAAAAGUUUGACACCGCCAAUGAGGAGAACAUAUCAGGAAACUUAUCUUAUUUGCAUUAUUUAUCUACAAGGUUGCCUAAACCGAGAGGCAAUCAAUUCAAAAACUACCACAUUUCUACAAUGUCCUCUGAAGCAAGAUAAGAUGAGGCUUUUAUAGUGAAAGUAUUCACAUGCAAGAAAAUGUAAUGCUACACCAAGAGCAGAAUCUGUUGUAAUAUGAAUUGGUGAUGGUAAAUGUCAAACAAAAGAUUACAUGUGCAAACAUAUUCAAACAUAUAAUGUAGAAAAAGGUUUUUAAUAUAUAAAUGAAAUAUUUCCCUUUCGUAAUGAAGUAGGGAAGUGGAGUAGACGUAAAUAAAUAAAAUAACAUUUUAUUCAAUAAAUAAGCCUUUGUCCAAACAAUUCCCAGUGACUUUUAUUUUUGGAUAGCUGUGUCUAGGUGUUAAGAAGGGAUCAGUGUUGUUGAAAAAGCAUUAAAAAUGAUUUGAUUACAGCAGCGUGUAGUCUGGCACAUGUCCUGCAAGUACAUUUGAUUCCAACAUGGUUAUUUAAUCAUAUUCCAAAACAAAGGAAACCCACUUGAAGUCUAACAAAUCAGGAUAUUUGAUACCAUGUUAUUAUCCUUCCACUGCCUUGUUCUGAUUUAAGUUCCUUGUCUGCACUAUUGUACAUAGACACAAACUUUUGGCCAUGGUGGUGUUAAUUACGGUCGCAUUGCUGAUGAUGUAAAAUAUAUAUAUAUAUAUAUAUUGUUCUUAAAAGACUUUGAGGCAUCCAUCCAAAGAUGUGUACUUUGAUAUUUCACAGACUUGAAUAAGACUUUGUUUUAAUGUUUAUGAGUAUGUGUCUUCAGAGGAUGUAUAUUUCUGACUAAUCAAACUGCCGCUUUAGCUAUACAGUAUGCUUGUGUUUUUUCUGCUGCAACAAAUCAAAAGGGUUUAAGGCCCGUUUUUCAUAUAAUGUUAAUUUCUGAUUUGUGUAUAAAGAAGUUCAAAAAUUAUUUGAAUUGAAAUGGGAAAGUAUUUUCUUGCUAUUUAUGCGUAUUUAAAUGAAUGAGCCUUGGCUAUAUUUUGCAAAUCUGUUUUAUAAAGACACUAAAUGUUGAACUUC